AUGACAAAUAUUAUACGAGAAAAAUUGAAACUUAUUGUUGGAUUACUUGUUCUACAAUUUUGUUUUGCAGGAUUUCACAUUGUCUCUAGACUUGCACUAAACAUUGGUGUUAGCAAAGUUGUUUAUGCUAUUUAUAGAAAUUUCAUUGCCUUGAUUUUGUUGACUCCAUUUGCUUACUUUUUAGAAAAGAAUCAAAGACCACCUCUUACAUUAUCUUUAUUGGUUCAAUUUUUUCUAUUGGCAUUAUUAGGAAUCACUGCAAAUGAAGGAUGUUACUUGUUGGGAAUGUAUUAUGCUUCUCCAACUUUAGCUUCUGCAAUGCAAAAUUCAGUUCUUGCCAUCACUUUUAUCUUUGCCUCAACUUUAAGACUUGAGGAAACCAACAUUGCAAGAAGAGAAGGAAUAGCAAAAGUUGUAGGAACCAUUUCAAGUAUAGGAGGUGCUAUUAUAAUUACUCUUUACAAAGGUCCUCCUCUUCUUCACUUGCAAAUGAACCAAAUACAAUUAGAUGAGUCUUCAACAAAAAAUAAAAAUUGGACAUGGGGUUGUAUAUUCUUGCUUGGACAUUGUUUAUCAUGGGCUGGUUGGAUAGUUUUUCAGGAUCCUGUUGUGAAGAAGUAUCCAGCUAAACUCACAAUGACUUCAUUUUCAUGUUUUUUUGGAUUGAUCCAAUUCUUGAUCAUAUCAAUCUUUACAGAAAAGGAUUUUGAAAAGUGGAAGAUACAAUCAGUAGAAGAGCUUUCUACCAUCCUAUAUGCUGGAAUUGUAGCAUCAGGGGUUAUGUUAUCUCUCCAAACAUGGUGUAUUCAAAAGGGUGGUCCUGUCUUUGUUGCUGUGUUCCAACCAUUACAAACUUUCCUAGUUAUUCUCAUGGCUGCACUUAUUCUUGGAGAUCACUUAUACUCUGGAGGGAUUAUUGGUGCUAUUUUCAUUGUUCUGGGUCUAUAUUUGGUUCUAUGGGGCAAAGCCAAUGAAAAUAAGGUGAUUGAACCAUCUAUAACAAGGCCGUUACUUGAUUCAGAUGAAGAGAAUAACAUUACUCACACACCUUCAAAAGACUUAUCUUAA